GCGCAAACGCCAUGGUUUAUUGACUUCAAAACACAAUCCAGCUCUUAACACUAGUACAGCCGCAACAGAUACCAACACUGCUCGACUGGUCCCAACAUCUCCCAGGGUUAAGAGAAAAAAAGCAGAAUCGGGAGUCAUAUAUUAGUGAUGCUCUGGAGUUGGACAUGGAUCAGCUGGACCAGCCAUCUCGUGCUAGCGGCAGCAGCAUGGGCAGUGUUUCACGCCAAAAACGUUUCUCACGUCACUCCACAACCAGCCACAGCAGCCCACACUCCUCUUCCAAUACCAGCCAUGCCAGCACACACACUUCUGGUAUCGAGAGCAGUGUCAAGGAGCGAGGCCUGGAUGAUGAUGAGAUUGAGAUGUUGGUCGAUGACCCUAAAGACAAUGAAGAACUCACUGAUUUAGCAUUUGAGCUCAGUCAGGACCUUUGCAUUCAUAUCACUGAGGACAUGUUAACAUCUGCACAAAGCAACGGCUACUCAGGUACAAGUACACUCAUACAAUAA